AUGCUGCAAAUCCAAUCGAAAAGGUUUUAUUUAGAUGUGAAACAAAAUCGAAGAGGAAGGUUCAUAAAAGUGGCAGAGAUAGGAGCCGACGGUCGGAGGAGUCAAAUAUUUUUAGCUCUUUCGACGGCAGCCGAGUUUCGCGAUCAUUUGUCCACGUUCAGCGAUUACUACGCUUCCCUCGGACCGCCUAAUCCCGAAAACGUACCCGAGGAUGGUAAACUCAAGAGCGAAAUGAUGAUCAAAGAAAACAAGCGCUACUUUUUGGACCUUAAAGAAAACUCACGCGGCCGAUUUUUAAGAGUGUCGCAAACUAUACCAAGAGGGGGACCACGCUCUCAAAUCGCGAUACCGGCUCAAGGUAUGAUUGAAUUUAGAGACGCAUUAACUGAUCUCCUCGAAGAAUUCGGUACGGAAGAUGGAGGUUAUAAGGGAGAGUUACCCGAAGGGAAACACAUGCGCGUCGAAAAUAAAAACUUUUAUUUUGACAUUGGUCAAAAUAAUCGUGGGAUUUACAUGCGGAUUUCUGAGGUGAAAACCAAUUUCCGAACAGCUAUAACCGUCCCUGAAAAAUCAUGGGCACGCUUCCGAGAUAUCUUCGCCGAUUAUUGCGAUAAAAUGAAGGAAAGAGAGAAAAAUGCCAUCGGGGGUGGAGAUACAGGAUCGCAACCUCAAACCAAAUGA